GGUGGUCGGCGUGGGUGGAUUACUGUUGUAAUCCUCAAGAAUGCAAAGUGUGGAUAAGAAAUCUGCAUUAGUUGUUCCGUGCUUCCCGCCGACAAAACGUCACCACCACUGUAUCCGAGAUCGAGGGUCCCACCACCAGCCCCAUCUUCUUCUCUUCUUUGGCUCCCGUCUGCCUCACUCAGAGUCAGCAGAAUUACCGUCACAUCCAUCCAAAACGUUACUUCCUAGUACACAAGUCCCUCCCGAACGGAUAGCCUGUCAGCGGAACAAGGAAGCAAAGAAACGGAACCCAACAAAAUAGCCACCAAAUAUCCGUACCAGGUGGAGAAUCGAUCACCGAUAAAGUGUUGCCUCCAAUUCCGUUAUUCCGUUCCCCAAUACCAAUACAACACCACCGCCGCAACGAACGGCAUGUCGAAACGAGUCGUGCGUUCGUUGCUCAUUACAACAUGAGCCUGAGCAACGUGCCGCAUCUUCCACUGUUCCCGGGCCACACGAACAAGGAAACCCGUUCCAGGAAAAGGAACACCCAUUCCAUCUAUCUGUACCUA